AUGUGUGACUCGAAAAUUAAAGAAUCGUCAUUAAAUUUCGAUCUGAAAAGAUAUGAAUUUUGUUCAGACUUUAGCAUCUUUAUUAUAAACGAGUCUUUACAAGAAAAUGAAGAACAAAGUUCAAACAUAACCACAAAAGAAUAUAAAGUUCAUCGAUAUGUUUUAUCCCAACAAUCAGAAUAUUUUAAAGUAUUAUUUGAAUCUUCUCGAAAUUUCAUUGAACACAAAGAAAAUGCUGUUGUGAUUCGGUUAAAAGAUCCUUUCAACGUUUUUCCACAAAUCCUUCGUUAUAUGUAUACUGGUUAUAUUUCCAUUAAUCAUAAAACUCUCAUUUCAAUCCUUUCAAUAUCAGAUCGACUCGCAAUCGGAAAACUUACCAUACAUGCCACAACAUACUUUGAUAAUUUUUACGAUUUUAAAAGGAAAAUUCCUUUAAAUUUAUCUUUUAUUUCCGCUCAAGAAAUAUAUACGUUAUAUUUAGAUGCUAUAGAAAAUGAAUUUGAGGAGGUAAUACCAGAUUGGCUGUUAGCUAUUGCUUUCGAUGAACUUUGGGAAAUCGAUAAUGAUGUGAUGUGUUCUGUAAGAUUGGAUCGUGUGUUAAAAUGUGAUUGUGUUAAACUAAAAAAUGAGGAUCAAAAAUUUUCUGUUAUUAGAAAGAUAGUGGCUGAUUUCUGUGGUUCUGAAGAAUAUGAUGAAACUUUUGAAGAAAAAUGGAAUAAAAUGGCUUUAAAAUUUGCUAUGCCUUUUUCUGAUAUAUUAGAAGAGUCUAGUGAAGAUUCUAGUGAAGAAAGUACCGUUACUGAGGCUCAACAAUCUGGAAAUAUUACUAAUGAAAUAGGUGAUGAGACUGAAAAACAAGUUGAAGAUGGUAUUUCAAACUCUACUUUAUAUUCUCAACAGCCGAAUGGGAUUAUUGAAAAUGAUGUUAAUGAUGAUGAAAAUUUGGAGUUUACUUUUCAUAAUAUAAAAGAGGCUUAUGAACGAUUAAAUCAUAAUUAUAAGUUAUAUGAAUGGUUCAAACUUGUUAAUUAUUCUUUGCUCGAUCCAAAAAAUUGGGAAGUCGCUCUCGCUGAUAAUUUAAUACCUAAUAAACUCGUUUUACAAGGUUUAUUUGAGGUAUUAAAAAAAGAUGACAUUGAAAAUGAUACUUCCGAAUCACCUAACACCGUCUCGCCAAUCCUAAAUUCUUCAACUUCUAAAUCUACUUCGACAAUUGAAUAUACCGAUUGCCUACAUUUUACAACAAAACCAUAUUAUAGCGACAUUAAAAUUUGCAUUAAUCAUGAAUUUUAUGAAUUUCACAAAAUUAUUCUGUCGAUACAAUCCGUGUACUUUUGUGAAUAUUUUUCAACUUCACAGGGUCAACUCUUAAAAGAAUGGAUCUUUCCUUGGCAAAAUCUUCAUCCUCACCUUUCAACCGGCCUUCUCAAUAUGAUAAAACUACUUUAUUAUACUCAUACAUUUCCACUUGAUCCUAAUAACGUAAUUCCAAUCUUAUUCGCUUCUUUGGAAACAAAUACUCAAUCGAUAAUAAGUCAUUGCAUGAAAUGGAUUUCUGAAAAUAAACCUUUUAUAUUAGAAUUGGGUUGUGGGAUACCUGAUUCUUGGUUAGUGAAAUCUCGACAUCAAUCUAUGAUUCGUAAAAAAGUUAUCUUCUUAGUUUCUGAAAAUUUUGGAGAUUUCGAGGAUUACUUGAAUAAUAAUCAUAAUAUAACAAAAGAUUUCAUUUUGGACGUUUUAAAUAAUCCUUCAUUAAAUUGUAAUGAAAGCUCAAAGAUUAAAUUAUUUUCUUGCGUAUUAGAUAAAUGGUUUCCUAAUGCUAAGAAAUCUGAUUUAUCAAGCGUCGAAUCGAAUGAACAAGAACUAUCCGAGAUCAGGACUUUGAUUAUAAAAUAUAUUAAUCAUAAAAAGUUGCUUGUUCCUGAUUUAGAAUUUCUCUCAAAACAAUGGUGGAUGCCAAAAGAUCUAUUUCAUUCUUGGAUGAUCGAAUUAGCUCAAGAAAAAAAAAGAAGAAAAUAA